GCGCUAUUUUUGCCGCUGCAGCGCUGGCCGCGGGUUCGCUUCUAGCGGCUGGUCAGGUGCCCUCUGGUGCCCUCAGCCAGCAGCAUCUCCCCAGUGCCCGCUCAGGUGUGGCCGCCGCCCUCACCGGUCUGUCCCGCCGGGUCCGGCCGCCUGCCUCGGUCCGUGUCCCAUUCUGGGAUCCGUCUCUCCUCCCGGGCUCCGUGUCCCCCUCCCCGCCCCUCCCAGGACCAUGUCCCAUUCCGGGCUCGGUGUCCCCCAUUCCUGGUCCAUGUCUCCCUAUGGAGUCCGUGUCCCAUUCCGGGCUCGGUGUCCCCCUUCCGGGGCCGUGUCCCAUUCCGGGCUCGGUGUCUCGUCCCACCGCCCAGGGGAGGAGCGGAGCGGGCAGAUAUGACCGCGCUUUCCCGCCCCGCCCCGGCAGGUGCGGCGCAGGUGAGGCGCGGGCGGUCGGCAGGUGCGGCCCCGCCGGCUCCGUGCCCGUGCCCGUUCCCGUUCCCGAGCCCGUGCCCGGCCAUGGCGUACCGGGAGCUAGUGCGGCGCUGGCACGAGGCCGUGCGGGCGGCGGAUCGCGGGCACUGGGACGCUGCCCUGGACACCUUCGGCGGCAUCGCGGAGCCUCCGGCCCGGAUCUGCUUCAACGUGGGCUGCGUGCAGCUGCUGGCCGGGCGGCCCGAGGCAGCCCUGAGGGCAUUCGAUAAAACCAUUGAGAAGGACAAUUCCCUGGCUGUGGGCUACUUCCAGAGAGGGUUUGUCCACCUGCAGCUGGAAAUGUAUGAAGAAGCUCUCUCUGACUAUCACAUGGCCUUCAGUCACCUAAGAGAAAAUCUUUUCAUCGAUUACAAGCAGCUAGGGCUGAGGCACAUCCUCUAUGCCUGGGAGGUGCUGUACAGCACUGCAGCAGUGCAGUGCCACCUGCAGCAGUGGCAGGAGGCCAGAGUCACCCUGGAGAAGGCUGUUGUGUGGAGACCUGAAAGAAGAAUAGCAAUCCUGAAGCUGGCCCUGGAGCGGGUGCAGGACCACCUGUUUUUAGAGCCCAUGCUGGUUCCCCUCGGGGAACUUUUCAGACCACAAAAGAAGGAAGUUGAGCAGCUGGAUUCAAAAGAUUUCCUGGGUAAACCCAAGGUGAUCUCAUCCAUCAUUCCCAAUGAUGAGUACAUUGGCUUUGAGCCUCUCAGGCCUCAGAAACAGGGCUUUUAUGAACCCGGUGCCAAUGCUCUGCGGGAUGCCGAGUCUGGCUACCACCGAGUGCUGUCCCGGUACCGCCCCGAGGAGCCGCCGGGGCCGGAGGUGGCAGCCGGGAGCCUGGUGUUCGUGCUGGGCAGAGCGGCAGAUGGCUGGGCCACGGCCAUCCACGACGGGCAGAAGCUGCACAUCCCGAGCUCUCUCCUGGAGCCUGCCUCAAGGAUGGACAAAUGGAAGAUCAGCACUGGGAUUCCCCUUCCUCCUGCCCAGGUACCUCCCAGCCGCCUUCCCCUGAAGCAGAAGCCAGAUCCUCCUGGGGAAGAAAAUGCCUCUGUCAAUGAUGCCAGUGCCCACAUGGAGUCCAAGGUCCCCCCGAGGUGCGGGGAGGCCUCUGCGGGCGCAGACAGGCCGGCCGUGCUGCGGCUGCGCUGCGAGUGCUCGCUGGUGCUGCGGGCGGGCGAGGCCCCGGCCCUGCCGGCCCUGCGGGCCCUGCUGCGGGACAGGCUGGCUCAGCAGGCACAGCGGGGCACACUCAGCUACAGGCUCCUGGAUGGCACAGAGCUGGGGACAGUGUUGGGACAGGAGGACCUGGAGAAGGUGUGGCAGCAGCUGACCGAUGGCAGGCUGACACUCUAUUGCCAGGACUCUGACUCCCACUCGGGCAGACCUGUUCUCUACCGGAUGCUGGCUCAGCACUCUUACCUGGCACAGGAACUGGGGGACCUGGACUUCAGCAAGGGAGAUGUGCUGGAUAUCCUCUCUGAAGUGAACGAGGACUGGCUGGAAGGACACUGCAAUGGCAAGACUGGCAUCUUCCCCAAAUGCUUUGCCACCCAGACCAGCUGUGAUGCUGCCUUCCUAUAGGAAACAGGAACCUUUUCCUGCCUGACUGCACCCCCAGGGGCGGGAGACACUCGUCCCAGCUCAUUUGGGCCCCAGCCAGCACAGCCAGGAGCUCUGCUGUACCUGGACAGGGGAUAUCUCCCACUCAGAUCCAUGGGGUUAGUUCCAGCAGUGAUGGCAUUUCCCACAGCCUGUUCCCUGACCUGGCAUUUUUAACUCGUGCUUACACUGCCGAAGAUGUGUCUGUGAAGAGCAGAGAGCAAGGAGAGGGCUCUGGGGUUUGGCUGUGGGAAUUGUCCAUGUGGCAACUCAGGCUGCUGGGUAGGAGGAUGUUCCCCUGGGUGGGAGGAGGUUCUCCUGGGUGGAAGUCUUCAUCCCUUCUCCCUUGUUGCUCAUGUUGUGGCUGGGAAGACUGAGCCUCACUCGCAAAGCCAAGGGUGGCUGGCUGGGAGCAGGGGGCAGAGCCCUGUUCCCCAGGCUCUCGGGUCACAUAACCUUAUCUCCACCAGUCAGAGAUGCUGCUCUUUCAAAAGGCUUUUGGAACCAGUUUGCAGUGGAAUUAAUGGGAUAACACCAUGAGUUAGGACCACUGUCUUCCAUAGCAAAUAGCUGUGGACCUGACCAUUCUUUUGCCAGGUGCCUUGGGCACUUUUCUUAAGCCCUAGGGCCAAGGUGGGAUCUUGGAGCACAGGGAAGAGGCAGUUGUGGAAAUCCCCACUGCUCAGAGCAGCUCUGGGCUGUGGGAGAGCCCUGGAGGCCCUGGGGAAAGGGCUGACUGGGAAGUGCAGUGCUGGGCUGGUGUUGCAAAGGCUGAAAGCCCUGUCCAAUUCCUGCAACUGGGCUGGGCUGAUCUAAAUAAAACACUCAAGUGCCUGAAGCUGGAACCUGUUCUGGAUUUGGUGUCUUGACAAAACUUGGCUAUGUAACUUGAAUAUAAAAUAAACCCUGAGCCAGAGUUGGCAACUCUUAAAUCAA